AUGGAUCCAGAUCCUGCUAAACAGUCUCUUAGACCUGCACUCAAGAAAAGUGCAAGUGGUCAAGCUCCCAGCUCUAUAUCCGAGAGUUUCAGUGGCGCCGGAGAUGGAAGCUUCUUGACCAGGGACAGGCGAUCUAAGUUCGGCAGACAAACCUCACUCUCACAAAGUAUUCGAAGGAACACGGCACAAUGGUUUGGAGUGGGUGACAACUGUGAGAGCAAACAGCAGGUCUGGCACCGCAAGAGCCUGCGCCACUGCAGCCAGCGCUAUGGCAAACUCAAGGCUGAGUAUCGGGAGUCUGAGGUAGCGACGAGUGUCGACCAGGGCCCAGAGUCUCCCACCACUCAUAAGAUGAAAAAGAUUGUCGAUCCACUGGCCCGAGGACGAGCAUUUCGUGGGGCAGAGGAGGUGGAUGGUUAUCCAAAGACGCCCCAUCUGACUCAGGCCGGACCCCAUACUCCAGCGUUCACCUCUGCAUCCUCCUUCACCAGUCAGCGCUCUGGAUACAGCCGCUUCCCCAAACGCAAGAGGGAGUCUGUGGCGCGCAUGAGCUUCCGCGCAGCCUCCAACCUGAUCAGGGGUCAUGGUGGUCUGGUGGGCUCGCAGACUAGUCGCAGUUAUCCAAAAAGAAGCUUCAUGCGUCCCAGCUGGAUGGACGAGGACAAUGUGGACUCUGCCGACACGUCUCGAUCCAUCUUCUUUGGAAAGGGAGAUGCUCGAGAUGAGUUUUACUCCAUGGCCGAUGAUGUAUUUGAGUCACCGCCCAUAUCUGCCUCUUUUGGAGACACACCUGACCACAGCCACACAGAGAUAUCUAGAACUCCCAAAGUUCCAGGAGCCGCACUGGAGCAGGGCAUCCCUCGUCGCGGCCGGCGCAUUGCUUCGCAAGUGAAGCAUUUUGCUUUUGACAAACAAAGGCGACAGUACGGCAUGGGCGUCGUGGGCAAGUGGCUGAACCGUCAUUAUCGACGCAGCCUCAGCAGUAACGUCCAGAAACAACUGGAUGACUUCCAGAGCCACAGGCCUUACUUCACCUAUUGGAUAACAUUUGUUCAUAUUGUAAUCACGUUGCUGGCGUGUUGUACAUAUGGUUUUGCCCCUGUGGGGUUCGCACAGCACACAGAUACUCAACUGGUGCUUAAGAAUAAAGGCAUUUAUGAGAGUGUCAAAUACAUUCAACAAGAGAACUUUUGGAUUGGUCCCAGAUCUGAUGACCUGAUCCAUCUUGGAGCCAAAUUCUCACCAUGUAUCCGAAAGGAUAUGCAGAUUGUCAGCCUCAUUCAGAAAGCGAAAGACCUGGAGAGGGAUUCUGGGUGCUGCGUCCAGAAUGACAACUCUGGGUGUGUGCAGACGCACCGCGCAGGCUGCUCUGAGACACUGGCCACUUUUAUCAAAUGGGAAAAUGAAUUUGUUGAUACCAUUAGGUCAUCUGGUGCUGUUUGUCAUCAGGACCCGAGAGUAUGUGAGGAACCUGCGUCUGCUGAACCUCACGUGUGGCCAGACGAUAUCACACAUUGGCCUAUGUGCACAUUCCCCACUGCAUGGAAUCACACAGGCUACAGACAUAUGGACUGCAAAAUCAAGGGAAGACCAUGCUGUACAGGAACUAAGGGCAGAUGUGAGAUCGCAACCAGAGAGUAUUGCUCGUUCAUGCGAGGGUACUUUCACGAAGAUGCCACUCUCUGCUCCCAGGUGCACUGUUUAGACGACGUGUGUGGACUGCUGCCUUUCCUCAACCCAGAUGUCCCAGAUCAGUUCUACAGACUCUGGCUCUCUCUGUUCCUCCAUGCAGGGCUAAUGCACUGUGCGGUGUCUGUGAUUUUCCAAAUGACCAUUCUGAGAGAUCUGGAGAAACUGGCGGGUUGGGGUCGCAUCUCGAUCAUCUACAUCUUAAGUGGAAUGACAGGAAACCUCGCCUCUGCCCUUUUUCUGCCUUAUAGAGCUGAGGUGGGGCCGGCGGGGUCUCAGUUUGGCCUACUCGCGUGCCUUUUUGUGGAGCUGUUUCAAGGCUGGCAGGUGCUGGAGCGCCCCUGGAAGGCGUUUUUUAAGCUUGUUUGCAUCGUGCUCUUUCUCUUCCUGUGUGGUCUUCUUCCCUGGAUUGACAACAUCGCUCACAUUUUCGGAUUCCUCAGCGGCAUGUUGCUCUCCUUUGCCUUCCUGCCCUACAUCACAGGAUGCACUGAUGAACAGCUGUUGGUGGGUGACAUUGACAAAGUACAUUGA